AUAUAUGUUAAAAAAUAUAGGAAAAUCACAGCUAUCGUAACUAUCGAUAGCUCAGCUGUUGCCAAAUAUCGUGACUCACAAUUGGUCUAAUAGGAGACUUUUGUUUACAUUUUUUUUAACUCCAAUACUCGCAGUGCGCAGCAAUUUAUUUGCAACUGGCCACAAAAUGAGUUGCUUUGGUUGCAGCCGCAAAUAUGGUCUCUUCUGCAAAGAGUACGGUUGUCCCAACUGCGGCUAUUCCUACUGCGCCAAAUGUCUGAAGCGUCCGAUGGCGGUGCCACGGCAAGCCAACAAGGUGCUCAACGUUUGUCUCAUCUGCUAUGACAAGUUGUCCAAAAUGCAGGCGGUCGCCGAUGCCGAGAAAGUGAUCGACUGCGAGGCGCUGCCUGGCGAGCUUGUCACUAAGUUGCGACUUCCACCAAAGAGCUCGGACAUUGAGGCAGCCGAUGCGCUUUUCGAUAACGUACUGCCCUCGGAGGAGUUGGCCGCUGUUUUAUCGCCCACCAACCAAACGGUACUUGGCGAGGCAACUCCAGCUCCAACUGCUGCUGCUGUGAGCUCCACAAAUGCCGAGGAUAUUGAUGAGAAUCUGGACAGUGCAAUUAGCAAACGGUUGCAGAAUCUCAAGGCUGUGGCAUCCACAGAUGACGAGAUACGCGCUCGUCUUUCAGAACUGAGUGGCAUGCCACAUCAGAAGAACUAUGAUAAAAAGGAUUUGCUGCUGUCGACGGAUCAACGCAGCGACCAAGAUAAGAUCAAAGAUUUGCUCCAGCAAUUCAUGGGCGAAACGGAGCUCGAUCAGCGCAUCGAUGUGGAGCGCACCGAUGCCAUUUCUGAUAUUGAGAGACGAUUGCGUGCGCUACGCGAUGCACCAAUCGAUGGAGUUGCAAGUGGAAGUGGAGCUGGCAUUGGAGCCAGCACAUCGAACACAAACACGCCCAGCGACAAUGAGGAUGAGAACGAUGAAACGGUGCUGCAAAACAUGAAAAAGUACGUGGCUGAAUCCCAACUGCCAGAAGCAGCAAAUCCUCUGGACGCGGAACUCGGGACGACACCAAUUCCCGUUCCCAAGGCGGAGACUGAGGAGCUGCCCUGGUGCAACAUCUGCAACGAGGAUGCCGUCUUCCGUUGCCGAGGCUGUGAUGGCGAGUUAUUCUGUGCUCAAUGCUAUCGCGAGUGUCACGAUGACGACGAGGAAUAUCGCGCCCAUGUCAAGGAGAAAUACACGGUGCCGCCCAAAUUUAAAGAGAAUCACUUUUAAAUCAAUUCUUUGUGCUACCAAAAACGUUUUGUUGACUUUUAUUUUUUGAGCUUUUGAUAUUUGCUAU